AUUCAGGUAUAAUAUGUAUUUUAAAUUAUAUAUAUGUAAAAUAAAUUUAAUUCGUCUGGUAAAAUGUUAAAUAAAUGGAAAUUGAUCAUCUGUUAUGCAUAAAUGGGCAUAAAGAAAGAAUCUGGUCAGUUUCUUGGAGCCCAUCAGAGGAUAUAUUUGCUACUUCCAGCUCAGAUUGUAAGGUUAAAAUAUGGAGAUUUUAUAAAAGUGAAAAUAAAAGCAGAAUAAAUAGAUGUAUAUUAAAUUAUCCCGGAUGUGGCAGUGAAUACAACUACGAACUCGAAUUUCAAAUCACAAAUUUCUUUAAAAAAACUGUUAGAAGUGUAAAGUUUAGCAGAGAUGGGAACUAUUUAAUAUGUGCAUCAUUUGAUGGCACAUCAUCUAUUUGGUCAAAAAAAAUCCCAGACGGAAAUGUUCCAAGUAAAUCUAAAAAUACUGAAUGGAAAUGCUUGGUCACACUAGAAGGGCAUGAGAAUGAGGUCAAAUGUGCAUCCUUUGACUCAAGUGGAAAUUACGUAGCCACUUGUGGAAGAGAUAAGACUAUUUGGAUUUAUGAAAAAUCGCACCAAAACACACCAAAUGAUUGUGAAGAUUUAAAUAAACUAAAUUUGACAGGAAACCUGGAUUAUUUCUGUUCAGCUAUCUUGACGGGACACACUCACGACGUAAAAUAUGUAUGCUGGAACCCAGUGGCGCUGAUUUUGGCCAGUGCUUCAUAUGAUUCAUCUAUUAAAAUCUGGACUAUCGCAAGCGCGGAUUGGUCAUGUAUUCAAACACUAAACCUACACACAAAUACAGUAUGGUGCUUAUCUUUCAAUUCUAAUGGCACAAAAUUGGCCUCCUGUUCGUCUGAUAAAUCACUAUUUGUUUAUAAAAGUAAAAUUAUUGAAUGCUUUUCACAAUUCGGGAAAAUCGCAAAACCACCACUCAACAGAUUCACGAUUUUUAAUACUUGUUUCCCAGUCCCAUGUAUCAGCAAAGAACACGAAGAUACUAGUUAUGGGCCUUUAUUUGCAGAUGACUGGGAAGUUUGCAGAGCGUAUGAGGAGUUACACUCGAGACCAAUUUACACCGUUGAUUUUGGAGAUUACAUCGUAACCGGUGGAGGAGAUAACAAAAUCAAGAUAAUUGAUCUUGAAGAUAAUUUUUCAAAUAUUCAUGAGAUAUUGGCCCACACAUCGGAUGUAAAUGCAGUUUCAUGGAAGCGCAACGAUAAUAGUAAAAUAUUAGUGUCAGUUGGAGAUGACGAGUAUAUAAGAAUUUGGAAACUUGGUUGAUGUUUACCUACUUGUUUUCGUCACUAAAAAUUUUGUAAAUUUUAUAAAUUUGCUUCCAAAAACUAAAUUAUAUUCAUGUUUUAAGAUUUUGAUAGCUUGUGGCAGAAUUUUCCCAAACUUCUAAUACACCUAUGUCAACCAGGAUUCUUACACCCUGAUGGGGAUACGUUCUUGAGUAUUGACA